AUGACCAUAAAACUGAGCCCUCCUCCAGUCCCCUGUUAUGUGGAGUUCCACAGGGCUCAGUCGUGGAGCCUAGAGCAGAGGAUCGUGAGUCUGGAGCAGCAGCAGGGAGUGUCCAGGACUGCUCUCCCUUUAACAGAGCAGAGGAUCCUCAGACUGCUGCAGCCAUGGACCUGCUGCCAGCUCUCUGCCUCGGUCUGCUCAUCUGCUCCGGAGCUGCGGUUCAGCCAUCAGACCGGGUCAGAGGUCAUCAGGAAGAUCGUCAAAGAAGACCAAGAUGCGCUUUUAUCUUGUGCUCUGGAUGGUAGAAAUAUUGCAGAAGACGUGUUUGACUGGAAGACAGACAGCAGCAGCAGGCGUGAGGUGUUUUUCUACAACAGAGGCAGCUCCUACAUAGACGGCCUUCCGGGUCAGGAUGCUCACUUUAAAGAUCGGGUGUUUCAUUUCCCCGAGCAGCUGGCAGUCGGUAACGCCUCCAUAGUGAUCAGAAAAACCCAGGUGACAGAUAGCGGGAAUUACACCUGCUAUUUUCCCUUUCAUGAGCCCAAAAGACGAGUCCAGUAUGAGCUGAUUGUUGAGUAUAUCUUAAAACCCAGAAACAUCCCAGGAGCAGCUCAAGAACCCACCCUGUCAUUCAACAAAACCAGCGACGGACUCCUGCUGCAGUGUGUCGUUCGGGGAGCUUUUCCUAAACCCAGAGUGGAGUGGAGGGACAGUUCUGGAAACGUUCUUCCUGCUGAACCAACGUUCACACAGAAAGAUUUGAGCUUUGAUGUUUUCCUCCAAGCUACUGCAAGCACGAGUGGAUUCUACCGCUGCGUAGCGACACAGGAGGAAAUCCACAAUGAAGUCUCUGCUGAUACUUAUGUUCCUGGUCCAGGAGCAGCUUCAGAACCUUCUCUCACAAUUCUCGAUGAGACAAAGGACUGGGCUCUGCUGCAGUGUUUAGUCAAAGGAGCUUCUCCUAAACCUUCAGUUCUCUGGAAAGAUGAUUCUGGAAACAUCAUCAAGUCUGAAGAACCUGAAGUGACAGAAAGAGGAGGAAGCUACGACAUCGUCCUCCAAACCACUGUGACCAAAGAAGGUUUCUAUCACUGUGAAGUGACUCAGGAGGACAUCAACCAUCGAGUUUCUGCUAAAAUCAAAGUGUUUUUUGGUGUUUCAGACUCUCCUCCCAUCGGAUGGAUUGUUGCUGCAGUUCUGGGAGCUGUUGUUGUUCUUUUCAUUAUUCUUCUCCUCACAGGACGCCUCAGAUGUAAUAGACGUUCACACACACCAGUGUCAACCAAUUAAUUCACCACAGUGUCAUGAUCAGCAGCUGAAAGAAGGUUAAACUGUGACACACACACACACACACACACACACACACACACACACACACACACACACACACACACACACACACA